AUGACACCUCUGAUCUGUCCUGAAGAGAUAACUGCUAGUGGAAUAAGUGUCAAAUGGGAAAAAAGUGUACCAGCGAAUAACGUAAUAUCAGAUCCUAUUUGCUAUGAUAAUGACCGCCUAAUAACAAGAAAUUGUGUCGAUUCGAAAUGGGAACCACCUGCAGCAACGCUUAAUCCAUGUUUACAGGUUGUAAAGUAUUACAAUCUGUCAUCUUGUCCACCAGGCUUCGAUAAAAUAUCAAAAAACAACAAUGACUACUGCUACCAAAUCAAGCAAUCGUCCGCGUGGGAUUAUCCAUGUUUGAAAAGUGGCGGUGCUUCUGUUAUUACAGACUUGAGUGAUGAAGAUGCAACCUCUUUAUUAAGUUCUCUUAAUGCUAAAAAUAUUUCACGUUAUUUUUGGUUACCAGCCAAACGAGCAAAAUUUUUUGGCCCAGUUCAGUGGUAUAUCCCAGGACCAAAAUGGGGACAUUCUGUUGAAACUAACAAUAUUUUGAAAAUACAAACAUCUAUAUUAAAAAAUUGCUUAUUACUUGAUACGGAACAAGGAAUUUUAGUGACAGAAACAUGUACGGAGAGUUAUCACAAUUUAUGCUUUUAUAUAAAUAAUAUUCAUUAUCCAGCAAAAUGUCCAGAAAAUUAUCACUCUGUGAGGUACAUGCCCGAUGAGGGAGUUUGCCUUGGAAUAGAGCAAUCUUCAACAGAUCUAACUUUUGAUGAUUUCAUACAAAACCAAAUUUGUAAAACACCUAUGGGCAGUCAAGACAGUAACGACUUAACAAAGUUUAUAUUUAAAAAAAUAGCCGAGAUAAAUAAUUUACCUAAUAGUGUAUGGUGUUGGUUUGCUUCUGCUAAUUUAAACCAAGAGGAUAAUAGUACAAAAACAUUAUAUCCUCAAAAUUAUGUUGCAAUAAAUAAUAUUGGCACUUUAAGUUUAAUUAAUGCUAGCUCAUUAAUUUCUCUUCCUUGUAUGGCAUGCCAAACAGAAGUUAUCUAUGAAAAAACAGAAUUAAUAUUUGAAUACAAUGAUGAAAACAAAGUAAUGUACCUUACAAUAUAUUUUCCUUCUGGUCUUUGGAAAUAUGAUCAGUAUGAUCGUGGUAUUCAGUGUUUUUCGGAUGCAAAAGGAUUUGUAAAAGUAAUCGAUAUUGAUGACAUGCCUUUUAUUGAAAUUCAGUCUACUCGAUAUAACGCAAUAGGUGACACUGUAGAUAUUGACAAAAUUGUUUAUGCAAUUCAUCUUAUCACAGAUAGAGCGGCGCAAUACUGGUGUGAGGGGCACACAAAAGAUUUCUCUUUGAUUAAAACAGACAAACUCGUUGUCAAUCCUCAAGGCGAUGAAGUUCACGUUUUCUCACUCGUCAUAAAAGUUUAUGUUUCAACCAUUGAUAUCCAAAAUAUGCUAGAUACAGUUAAAUAUAACUUAUGCUCAAAUAUAACAUCUAUUUUUGGAGCUAAUAAAGUUUUGUUAAUGGAAUAUCUUGAAUACACUGCAAAUUAUUUGAUGGUAUUGUUACAUAUGGAUGUAACUAUAAACAACAUAUACGACGAUAACUCACGCAAUAUUCAAAGUACCUUCAAAACUUUAAACAGUAUUGCUCAGAGUGAACUGCCGAAAUAUAAUUAUAUUUUAGUAAAUAUUUCAAGUUCUAUGUACUGCUUACCAACGACAUCUGUUGAUAAUUCCCUUCGAUUGAAAUGGGAAUUAACAGCGAUCGGGCAUAUAGCGGCCCCAAAAGAAUUUUGCUUGCAAGAAAAUGGAUUACCAGUAAAAAGGCUAUGCGCCGGUUCAUAUCUACUGGGAAGCUAUUGGGAUGAUGUGGAAGGAGUUUGCAAUAAAAACUACCAACCAUCUGAUACGACCACCUUUUUAUACAAAUUUGUUAAGGGACAAGUUCCUGAAAAUGACACUUCGCGCUUUCUUACUGACGGUCUUGGUUUUGUUUUAGGAGAUGUUAAUAUUAUUAUUCCAGCAGAUAUUUAUUAUUUAUCAAUGUCCUUACAACACGUUCUACAUAUUGCGCAUGAAAACCAAACUUCUGUAGAUAUGGGAAAUAUUGAAAAUAUAGCGUGGGUAAUGGAUAGACUCAUGGAUCUCGAUAAUAAUUACUUGCGAUUAGCUCAAACGCUUAAUUCGACUAAUGUUAUUUUAGAUUCCGUUAAUAACAUAAUUGAGAUUCUGACUGAGAGAAGUGAAUAUGUGACCGAUAGUCUUAUAUCUAGAAAUCAAAAUGAAUUCGAUGAAUACUAUCAACUUGCAGUUCAACCACAGUACGUAUUACAAAUUUCUUAUCCGUGGAUAAAUAACAUAAGUGGUUUAGCAAUUAUUAAAAAUUCAGGAAAUAAUAAAUUUACUGACAUGGAAAUCCAACCUUUAUUUAAAAAUACCAGCUUAGAAGACAUUUUAUCACUUGAAAAUCUCGAAAUUGCUACUUGGUUACCGGACAAAGUACUCAACACUUUAAAAUUAAGUAAAAAUGAAAGUAAUAAUGAAACAGAAUUCAAUAAUGAAGAUGUACAUAUAAUAAUAAGUGUUUUUCACAAUGAUGCAAUAUUUCAGGAAAUAGACAUUAACAACUUUAAAGUCAAUAGUCGCAUAAUAGGAGUUUCGAUACCAGGUUUUGUUUCAAAUUUGGAAAAACCAAUGCCCUUGAUAUAUAAAAGUUUAAUGCCAACCGUUCAAAAAAGACUUUGUGGUUAUUGGGAUUUUCAGAAUAAUGAAGCCAGUAAUGUUCCAGGAUUUUGGUCUAAUAGAGGGUGCUAUUUACGAAAACGGAAAAAUGAAUUAUCUUUUUGUGAAUGUUAUCAUUUAACACAUUUUGGACAAUUACUAGAUAUCAGACGUGGCAAAGACUCAAAUAACACUGACGAUAUGAAAGUCCAUGACAAACCACUCAAUAUAAUUUCCUUGGUAGGUAGUUUCCUAUCAUUACUGGGUAUAAUGGGUAUCUGGAUCACGGCAACAGUAUUCCACACAUGGCGAAAAAAAGCUGGAACGAAAGUUCUAUUGCAUCUUUCAGCGUCUAUUGCAUUACCCCUUUUAUUUAUGAUUGUAUUUAAUUUAGACAACAGUAUAUUUGCAGAUUAUAAUGAAGCAUCAAAAGUUUCCGAUCGAUCAAAAAUUCUGUGCAUUACUUUAGGAGCUUUAUUGCAUUAUUCUGUUUUAGCAAGUUUUAUGUGGAUGUUAAUAACUGCAGUCUUACAAUUUAUUAGAUAUGUGAGAGUUUUGGGAGUAUAUCGGCCCUCUAGAUUCAUGAUUAAAUUCACUCUUAUUGGAUGGGGUAUUCCGCUCAUACCUGUAGUCAUUGUAUUAGUUUUGGAUAAAGAUAACUAUAUACCAAAAUUACUAACGGCUAGGGAUUAUAAGUUCUCUAUUUGUUAUCCUAGCGGAUUUUAUUUAAUCGUCAGUGUAAUCGUGCCAAUCUGCAUUGUCUUGUUGAUAAAUGUUACAUUAUUUAUUUUGGUUAUUUAUGCUAUUUCUAAAGGUCCUGACGGUAAAAUUAGAACGGCAGAUAUUGAUCUUAUCGGCGCGCAAUUACGAUUAUCAAUAUUUUUAUUCUUUUUAUUAGGACUUACCUGGGUUUUUGGGAUUAUUUCAUUUUCGCACAAUGUAAUUUGGUCUUAUCUUUUCUGCUUGACUUCAACAAUGCAAGGUUUCGUCCUGUUUGUUUACUUCGUCGUAUGUGACGCUCAAACGCGAAAUUUAUGGGUGACGCUAAUGAAACCUCAGUUUCGAUCUCAUUCUUCAAGAGAAAGUAUUACAAGCAUAAGCAGUGGAGAUUAA